UUAUUUAUUUAUUUAUUUUUUUCCCGUUCCUCCCCUCCCAUCUUUUGGGCGCUUCCCCGCUCCCCCGCCCGCCCGGCGGGCUGCCUCCGCGGGCGCGCAGCGCAGGGCCAUGCCGGCGGGGCCGCCGCUGCUUCGGAGCUCCCUCCUCCUCCUCCUCCUCCUCCUGCACUUGCUCGGAGCCCCGGCCCGCGGAGCCGUCUACACCAACCAUUUCUUGGUGGAGUUGAACGGCGGGGGCCAGGCGGAGGCCGAGCGCGUAGCGGCGGAGCACGGCUUCGGCGGGGUGCGGAAGCUCCCUUUUUUAGAAUCUGGAUACUUCUUUUAUCACAAUGGUCUUGCUAAAGCCAGGAGAAGACGCAGCCUYCAACACAAGCUUCGUCUGGAAAAGGACUCCAGGGUGAGGAAAGCUGUGCAACAGGAGGGCUUCAGCAGAAGGAAGAGAGGAUAUAGAGACAUCAAUGACAUUGACAUCAACAUGAAUGAUCCUUUAUUUACAAAGCAGUGGUACCUGAUUAACACUGGUCAAGCAGAUGGGACUCCUGGACUUGACCUUAAUGUAGCUGAAGCAUGGGAGCUGGGAUACACAGGGAAGGGAGUAACCAUAGGAAUUAUGGAUGAUGGAAUUGAUUAUCUGCAUCCAGACCUUGCAUCAAACUAUAAUGCCAAAGCCAGCUAUGACUUCAGCAGUAAUGAUCCCUACCCCUAYCCCCGCUAUACAGAUGACUGGUUUAACAGCCAUGGGACAAGGUGUGCAGGAGAAGUGUCUGCUGCUGCCAACAACAACAUCUGCGGCGUGGGAGUCGCGUACAAUUCCAAAGUGGCAGGUAUUCGAAUGCUUGACCAGCCGUUUAUGACAGAUAUUAUUGAAGCUUCGUCCAUCAGUCAUAUGCCUCAAGUCAUAGAUAUUUACAGUGCCAGCUGGGGACCAACUGAUAAUGGCAAGACUGUGGAUGGUCCUAGAGAGUUAACACUGCAAGCAAUGGCAGAUGGUGUGAAUAAGGGCCGAGGUGGAAAAGGCAGCAUCUAUGUGUGGGCUUCUGGAGAUGGGGGCAGCUAUGAUGACUGUAACUGUGAUGGUUAUGCAUCAAGCAUGUGGACAAUCUCCAUCAAUUCUGCCAUAAACGAUGGACGGACAGCUCUGUACGAYGAAAGCUGCUCUUCAACCUUGGCCUCCACCUUUAGUAAUGGGAGGAAGAGGAAUCCAGAGGCUGGUGUGGCUACAACAGAUUUGUAUGGCAACUGCACCUUGCGUCAUUCGGGCACGUCUGCCGCUGCCCCUGAAGCAGCCGGAGUGUUCGCCCUGGCCCUGGAAGCUAACUUGGAUCUGACAUGGAGAGACAUGCAGCAUCUGACAGUGCUCACCUCCAAGAGGAACCAGCUUCACGACGAGGUKCACAGGUGGCGUAGGAAUGGUGUUGGGCUGGAGUUCAACCAUUUGUUUGGCUAUGGUGUCCUUGAUGCAGGAGCAAUGGUUAAGAUGGCAAAAGACUGGAAGACUGUUCCCGAGAGAUUCCAUUGUGUUGGAGGGUCAAUACAGGAGCCUGAAAAGAUACUACCAAAUGGCAAGCUGGUCCUCACCCUAACCACUGACGCGUGCGAGGGGAAGGAAAACUUUGUCCGAUAUCUGGAACACGUCCAGGCAGUUAUAACUGUGAAUUCCACUCGACGAGGAGACCUCAACAUCAACAUGACCUCACCAAUGGGAACAAAGUCCAUUUUGCUGAGCCGGCGCCCCAGGGAUGAUGACUCCAAGGUUGGUUUCGACAAAUGGCCUUUCAUGACCACUCACACUUGGGGAGAAGACCCCCGAGGCACCUGGGCUCUGGAGAUUGGGUUUGUGGGCAGCCAGCCCCAGCGGGGUGUGCUGAAGGAGUGGACACUGAUGCUGCACGGGACUCAGAGUGCACCGUACAUAGACCAAAUAGUAAAAGAUUAUCAGUCCAAACUGGCCAUGUCYAAGAAGGAAGAGCURGAGGAAGAAUUAGAUGAAGCAGUGGAGAGAAGCCUGAAGAGUAUACUGAGCAAGAACUAGUGCUGUGUUGCAUGAYGGUGUCUUUCCUUCCCCAGACCCUUCUACUCACUGUUCUACUAUCCAGACCUCCAUGUUAGACGUAUUACAAUGAUUGUCUCUGUAGCCAAAUUAUCACCUUCUUGAUUUUAAAGUCUUAUAUCUUGUCAGUAAUUAUUUUAAUUGCCACUGAAGCAGUCCAUUUUUUAGCUCUAAACCACAAAAUAUAUCCCGCCACAUACURUGUACAGUUUGUGACUGUAAAUGAUUUUUCUUUUGUGUCAUAGAAAUACGUAAUAACCUGCAAAGAAGUUAWUGGCUUUUCCCUUCAUAUUUUUGUGGUAAAUGUUUCUAUUAAAAAAGAAUGAAUUUUAAUAUUGGAAGUUGGUGAUAAUGGGCACAUUUUUUUAAAUGACUGUGAGAGAGGGAAUCACAAAAAGGUUGUCUGGAGAGGUCUUUAAACAUCUAAUAGUUCUUUCUGCAUCACUGACUUCAGUGGGACUUUCCCCAUAGAGCUCAACCAAAGUAGCACUAGACACCACAAAAAGAAGUAAUCCAGAGAUAAGGAAAAUUCACCAAUCCAAUUUGCAGAAAUCCAGUUUUGAGAGUUUUCUUUCAUACUACAUACACACUUCAGCUACAGGAUGGAUCAACAGAUGUGCAAUAAGGAAGGCAAAGCGAUUCCAAAGCUGGGUGGCAGGGAGAAGUGAUUUGCAAACUGGGUCAGGGCAUUCUAGAAG